AUGAUCUCCUCAUUGUUCCUGGCCUUCCUAUUCCUGGCUCUGGCCACAGUGGCCACUACCAGAGCUGACAGUCGAUGCCUGGCAUGUGGGGAGCAUGCCUUGGACCUGCAGAGCCAGCGGGAGCUGCUUCUCCCCCUUGCCAAGAGAAGCAUCUUGGACAAGCUGCACCUCAGCCAGCGCCCAACGCUGAGCCGGCCAGUGUCCAGAGCCGCUCUGAGGACAGCACUGCAGCGCCUCCAUGGGCGCCCACAGGGGGCGCUUCCGGAGGCUGACAGGGGACAGGAAUAUGAGAUCAUCAGCUUUGCUGAGACAGGCUUCUCCAGCAUCAACCAGACUCGUCUUGAUUUCCACUUCUUCUCUGAUAGAACUGCUGGUGGCAUGGAGGUCCAGGAGGCUAGCCUCAGGUUCUUUGUGCAGCUCCCUCCCAAUACCACCUGGACUUUGAAGGUGAGGGUCCUUGUGCUCGGUUCACAUGAAGCCAACCUCACUUGGGCCACUCAGCACCUGCUAAAGAUGGAUGCCAGUGGCUGGCACCAGCUCCUUCUGGGACCUGAAGCUCAGGCUGCCUGCAGCCAGGGACACCUGACCCUGGAGCUUGUACCUGAAGGCCAGGUAGCCCAGCGCUCAGUCAUCCUGAGUGGGGCUGCCCAGAGGCCUUUUGUGACAGCCCGGGUGAGAGUUGGGAGCAAGCACCGGAUUCGACGUCAUGGCAUCAACUGCCAGAGUGGGUCCAGGAUGUGCUGUCGACAAGAGUUCUUCGUGGACUUCCGUGAGAUUGGCUGGCAUGACUGGAUCAUCCAGCCUGAGGGCUACGCAAUGAACUUCUGCACUGGGCAGUGCCCGCUGCAUGUGGCAGGCAUGCCUGGCAUUGCUGCCUCCUUUCACACCACCGUGCUCAAUCUUCUCAAGGCCAACACAGCUACAGGCACAGCUGGAGGGGGCUCAUGCUGCGUGCCCACAGUCCGGCGCCCCCUGUCUCUGCUCUACUAUGACAGGGACAGCAACAUUGUUAAGACUGACAUACCUGACAUGGUGGUCGAGGCUUGUGGGUGCAGUUAG